AUGCCGCUAGCACCCCCGCAGCCGCCCAGCAGGGCGCUCGCAGAUAAGCAGAUCUUCCAGUGGCUUUCGGAGUUGGUGUCCGGCAACAACCGCGAGCGCGCGUUGCUCGAGCUCGGCAAGAAGCGCGAGCAGUACGACGACUUGGCGUUGGUGCUCUGGAACUCGUUUGGCGUGAUGAGCGUGCUCCUCGAGGAAAUCAUCGCCGUGUACCCGUUCUUGAACCCGCCCGUGUUGACGGCGUCCGUGUCCAACCGCGUGUGCAACGCGCUCGCGUUGCUCCAGUGCGUGGCGUCCAACAAGCAGACGCGCGGGCUCUUUUUGAACGCCAACUUGCCGCUUUACUUGUACCCGUUCUUGCUGACCAACGCGCGGCAGCGCUCGUUCGAGUACUUGCGGCUCACCAGCUUGGGCGUGAUCGGCGCGCUCGUCAAGAACGACACGCCGGAGGUCAUCAACUUCCUCUUGGCCACGGAGAUCGUGCCGUUGUGCUUGAACAUCAUGGAGAUCUCGCUGGAGCUCUCCAAAACGGUGGCCAUCUUCAUCUUGCAGAAGAUCCUCUUGGACGACCAGGGCUUGCUGUACAUCUGCACCACCUACGAGCGUUUCCACACCGUGGCCCUGGUGCUCUCGAAGAUGAUCGAGCAGUUGGGCGUGGCGGCGCAGAACGCGCCGCGGCAGCCCGCGGACCCGGCCGCGGGCCCGCCGCCCAGCAGCUCGGGGCGGCUUUUGAAGCACGUGGUGCGCUGCUACAUGCGGCUCUCGGACAACUUGGAGGCGCGCAAGGCCUUGUCGACGAUCUUGCCGGACCCGUUGCGCGACGGCACGUUUGCCAAGAUCUUGCAGGACGACGCGGCCACCAAGCGCUGCUUGGCGCAGCUCUUGCUGAACAUCCGCGACCAGUAG